CACAUUCCCAUAAAAAUAUUACAAUUGUAGCAUAUUCGGAUUUGAAAAGUGGAGCAAAAGUAUCAAAAUGGCAUGAUCGUUGAGCUGUUGGCGAUGGAAGUAAUUGGAGAAUGAUGUGGUUCGUCGCAGGGCGCGCACCCUCCCUCCCUUUCCAUAUCCAAGCCCUGCCACCAUCUCCCUUCUGUUUUCCCCCAUUGCCUCUUCCUUCUACUUUUCUCAAAAUCCCUCGUCCUCCUCUCUGCUGCGGCUCUUCCAGCUGUCGAGUAUCAGCAAUGGCCAGAAGAGGAAGAUAUGACGAUCCAAUUGAAUCAUCAGAAGGGGAGUGGGAGGAGCCUGAUUAUGAUGGUGAGUGGACUGCCUCUGAUUCUGAAGAAGUUGAAGAAGAAGAAGAUGACCAUGCUACUCAUUCCAUUGAUACUUCUUCUUCUUUCAUGCGUCUCCGAACACAGGAGAUGGAGUACCGGAAUCUUGUUAAACAGGUGGAGCAAUUAUUGGAACCUGAAGAAAUUGCUAUUUUGCAGAACAAUGAGGCUCCUGUUCUCAAUAAAAUAUCAACGCCAAAAUGGAGCCCCAUUCAUACUCUUGCAGCAUCUGGGCAAAUAGCUUUCAUGGACAAGUUACUGGAACUUGAUGAUGCCUCCGUUGAUGCUGUUGAUAAGGAUGGUUUUACUGCUCUUCACAAGGCAGUUAUAGCAAAAAAAGAGGCGGUUAUUAGUCAUCUUCUCAGGGCUGGUGCAAAUCCUCAUGUAAGAGAUGAGGAUGGUGCUACAUUGUUACACUAUGCGGUUCAAGUUGGUGCCAUGCAGACCGUUAAACUACUGAUCAAAUAUAAGGUUGACAUAAACAUUGCGGAUGAUGAUGGCUGGACACCUCUACAUGUUGCAAUCCAAAGUCGGUGUAGGGAUAUAGCCAAAGUACUAUUGGUCAAUGGAGCCGAUAAGACAAGGAGAACCAAGGAUGGAAAGACAGCUCUGGAUCUUAGUUUAUGCUAUGGGAGGGAGUUCAAGUCAUAUGAACUAGCCAAGCUGCUUAAGCUUGUUCCUGCAGAUGGUGUAAACAGGGAUCCUUAAGUCCUGACAUUGCAAUCAGGAUUUGUUCAUUCUUUAUAGCUAUUGUUUAUGCAAUUUUUCUUUCUCUGUUUUCACCUUCACGUGGCUAAGUUUUGAGGUUGCAUGCUUGUUUUUGGUUGAAUUUGCCAAUUACUUUUCAGCUAUUCCUUCAUUGUUCUUUGAUAGACUGCAAUAUGGUUAGUUAUAUUUCUUAGUUGAACAUGAGAAUUCAUUUGCGAGUGUGAUAUGUGAUUUAUAUGUAUGAAAAGAUACAGGGAUGUGCUUUUUUUGU